AUGUCUAUUCUCGGUGCUAGUAAGGCCAACAUAACCAAAGCAAUUACCAAUUGGGAAACCGUAAAAGGUAAGAUCCCAGCAUCUGUGUUCCAGUCGGUAGAUGCUCAAAGUAGUGGGUCAAUGCAGGCGCUUGAGCUACGCCGAGCUACAAUACAGUCCUAUUUAACGCAAGUUCGCGCAGCGCAGCGCACGCUCACGGAGAAACGCCAAGCGUUUUUAGACGUGGUAAAAGAUUUAGCAGUGAGGGCGAGAUCAGCGACGCCCAAGAAAUCUUCUAUUCACGAAUCUCGCGUAGACGGCGCUAUUGCGACAGCUGAAUCAAUAAUAUCGUCACUUAGCAUACGACACAAACCGCACCCGUACGCAAUCAAGAAGAUCAACGGGACCACUCAACGCCAUCUUCUGCGAGUGACACCACUCGUUCGUAUGUACUGCCGCAGCGUACAGUCGACGCGCCUAGUAAUUCGUGUAGUGAGGCCCACCCGUCUCAGCUGUUUGCGUACGAUGACAUCUGAAGCAAAUUCGAACAAGAUACCAGCAGCCACUACGUCGACGCAGGCGAUAACAUCUUCGCUAGCGCAGCCCGCGAACACGCGUAGUCUGCUCAUGCAAAUAUUAGACGAUGCUUUUCGCAACUUAGAAGUUCAAGAGCACAAUACCAACAGCGUAACGUAG